GAUCCUCCAUUUUGGGUUAGAAGGUUUCUCGGAAGACCACCACAAUAGGCUACAACGAAGCUUUAACUAUCAAGAAAGGAUUACUAAUGGAAUCUAAAAAGGGGCACCACAACAUCCUACUUGUCGUCAUUGUACGGAACCAACGUCUCAAACUAAAGCGUUAUCAUUAUGCUUCUCUGGACAACACAUGAUCGAGACCUCAGUAAUCACCCGAGUAGAUCGCCUCAAGCAAUCUGUUGCUCUAAGCAAGGCCUGGCCCCGCGACCGACGGCAACGUUUCCUCUUCUUCGUUGAUCUGCCCCGGCGAUUGCCCUUCCUCUUUGUUGCUGCCCGGCAAGAGCGAUUCCUUUUCCUCGCUGAUCUACCCGGUGGCUCCUCUCCCUAUUCGCUCGGACGACAAGUCGCACGAUCGCUCUCCUCUCCCUGUCGCAGAACGUCAGCACAGAUCUGCAAUAUUCUUCCUUCCAGAUCUGUGCAUCAUCGCUACCAUCACCGAUCUGCAAGUUCUCCCCAGCGACUCAUCACUGUCACUCCCCUCACUGCCAUCGUGACAAGAAAAGCUUUCUUCAGAUCUGUGAGUUCCAGAUCUGUGCAUCACCGAAUCUUCUUCCUGCCAAGAUCAACAGUGCCUCCCUCACCGCUUUCCUGUUGCCUUACAACCGCUCCUAGCCCUCCGGCACCCUCCUCUUCUUCCAACGGCGGUGCUAAACUUGCCGCCGACGUCUUCCAGCGAAACCCAGGAUCAACUCCGGAAUUCCUGACGGCCGCUACUCUUACUGCCGCCCCCUUCUCCCGUACUCUCGCUGCUAAACUACUGUUCGCUUCGCAGCCGUAUCCAAAUUCAUCGCCUCCAGUCGAAAUUGUUUUUAUUUAAUUAGAUAAUAUAUUAUAAAUCUAAUUAGAUCCUAGUUACUAAGAAAGAUAAUUAAAUAUUCAAAUGACGCCUACGUUCGGGUUGAUGGUUUCCAGUAGUGGCUCCUACCAUGGACCCGCCCACUUCUCCAAUAAUCAACCGGGUUCGGCCUGCGUGGAAAUAAAGGCAGUAUAAGUAUAAUUUACUCAAGAAGCACAGCGGAAGGUUAAGCCUGGCAUUUGUGAACUUGAAACCGUGCGAUGGCGGUUUCUCAGAAGUGGGUCCCACUUGAACUCGUCCUCAAUCUCCAAUGGUGAACUGGGUAGUUUGUGUGUCGUUAAUUGCUUAGUAUUGGUAGCAUUUGCUCAAGAAAUAUAGUGAGUAGAUGGUUAAGCUGGGCAUCGGCGACGAAGAUUUAAAUCGCCGCUGCUUUGUCUUGUUUUAUGCUAUUUUUGAACCUAGAAGCCGUUGGGGAAAUCUUCUAGCAUCGUCUUUUCUUUCUUCUCCUCCCCUCCACCAAAUAAACGAUCGCGCUUCUUCUCCUUUGAUCCGAACUCGUACUAGAAGGGGGGAAGAGGACAGAAAUGCUGAAGAGCCGCCGAGGGAAAUCGGCGGCGAGGAAGCCGCUCGGAGACAUAUCCAACGGCCGCAACCCCCUCCGGUCGCACAAGAAGGGCAACCCCAAGGACGGGAACGAAGGCGCCUUCGAUCGCCUCCUCCUCGUGCGAUCCGACCUCUCCGAUCUCAUCGGCCAGAUCGAUGAAUUAGUUGCUCAAGCCAUCAAGAAGAGAACAAUAAGCAAGAAAGUAAACCAAGAUCUUGAUUCCUUCAUGAAAUUCUUAUCUGAAAUGCAUUUGUCUUUGAAGCCAUGGUUCUCAAGACUACAACAAUCACUUGACACAGCAUCAACAACUCCUGAAAAACAGUUAAGUGAAUCAUCAGCUAUUAAUUUUGUUUCUGGUGCUAUCGGAGACAGAGAUACUGUUGCAAGCAACAGAAAUGAACCUGAGCUCGAACUGAUGGUUUCGCCUUCACCUCUAGUCUCCUGGCGUGCUGGCACCUGUACUGUUGAUUGUGGAAGACAACUAUUUCUGCUAACUCCAUUACCCAAAAACAAAGCAAUUCUAUCUGAACACCCAGGAGCAUCCAAAUCUGUGAUAGGAUUAUUCACGGAUAAAGAGCAAUCCAUCUGUCAUCAGUUACCUCCAUCAUCACGUAGUCCUAAUACUGCUUCUGGUGAUCUAGUUGGAAAAGCAGAAGAAAAACAGGCAUCAACUAAUGUCUCAACGACUUUUUCAUUUGAGAAAAUUAGUGGAACAUUGGAAAGUGGAUAUCUUUCUCCUUUGAGUUUUUCAAAUCGCAAGAACAAGAAAAACAAUAUGCACCUUUUAACUCCUUGCUUACCAAAGAACUCUGGUUUGCUUGAUCCAAUCUUUGAGCCUUGUCAGCAGGAUGGUGGAGAGAUUUCCGAGAUAGCUGAGGACAACAAUGAUGCUAAAGUCUGUAUUUUACCUACUGAUGAAGUUUCCGAUUGUUUGUCUACCAAGUAUCAAGAGCUAUUUGGCUUGCAGCCUGCUUCUAGAUUUGUGAGCCGAAGGAAGGAAGUUGAUGAAACUCUUAGUUGGUUCUUAUCCCCCCCAAAGACUUGUAUUCUGCUGGAACCAUCUGAUGAAAAGCCACUUCCAACACCCGCUAACAAUAGGCUCUCAUUUGCCACUCCUAUCUGGAAGGAUUUGGAGAGCAUCCAAAAAGUUAAGCCUGCAGGAGAAGCCACACUCAAGAGAGAGCUUUGGACUAGAUUCGAGGCUGUGUCCUCGAGUCAGCUACAUUUUGAUGUCUCUGUCUUCCGGAGGACAGUAAGGAAAGGGUUUCUCGACAUGCUUGAGGAGGUUUCUGGUAAAACCACUGAUUCAAAUUCCAUAGCUAGAUAGCAGUGGGUCAGAGCUAGCUGGUAUAAUGUGCUUUCCUGUUGGUUCUUGAGGAUUUUUGCCGAUUUUGAUUUUGCUCUGCAUCCCAUUAAAUUAGAUUACCAGAGAACUGUCUGGUUGCAUUGUCAGAUGGAAUUGUCAAUGUCGGAUACAACUGAUCAGAAGUCGGGACAUGCUUCUCAUGUUAUUGUAUUCAGAAAUUUAUGUUAGAAUUAGCUGCUGGCUGGUUGAUAUUCUCUUGCUACAAGCCCCUGAAGGCAUGAUCGUAUCCGAUUGUACUCUUUUCUAGUAUAGAAGGUGGAACUCGUUGUUGGAUUCUGUUGUUGAGUUAAUGCAGAGAUACUGGCGAUUCAUAUGCAAGGGAUCUAGAACCAAUGUUACGCUCGGGGUUCACAUUUUUCUCAGGUGUUAUAUGCAUCACUUCUUUUCUUUCAGUUUCUCUCCAUAGGUAUCCUUGCGGAAGUAGGUUCUGUUACAUUUGUAUUACUGAUGAGAGAGAGAGAGAGAGGGUUUUGGCAAAGGCUCUUCCGUUCGUUUCAGGUAGCUUUUUCUGGUGAUUACUGGUUGCAGCAAAAGCAAAAGCAAGGGUUGGAAAUUGGAGGGAAAGACAUGCGGCUUAAAGGUGGUGCGCCAGGUAUUUAUAUUUUCUCCUAACUGGUGAUUGUCUGCAGCUCCAGAUUAUUAUUAAUAUUUUUCUCAUCAAGGAUAUUAUCGCGUCUGGCCACCGUACUUACAAAGUAGUGAUGGGGUUGGGACAUUCCGAUCGCGAACUCUCCUUGGAAUCUUCGACGACUUACAUUAUGAAAACACCAUUAUGAAGGUCAAGCUUCUUCUGAAAAGGAUGAUGUUACUUACAUAGGCACAAGCAUUACGCCCUUACAACCGCAAGGCAGCACGUGCGACCCAAUGGGUAUCCGGUUCGAGACCCGGGUAAGGGAACGGGUAACGAACUGAAUUGUUGUAUUUAUUUCAAAGCGUUUCCUGCCAAGGGAAACGCGUCUAAUUGCGGAUCGGUGUGCCCUUGCAUUCCACGUAAACAAAUUAAUAUCAGCAUUUUCUUCA